AUGCUGUCCAUGUUUAUAGAUGCACCCUUGAAAGACUUAGCUACCAAGGCAGACGCUGCGUUCGAACGUUUUCCGCAGCAGACGACCAGUAACUCCGGUGACGUAUUCUCACCGAUGAAAACCGAAUCCCAUGUUUGUUCCCAGUCGCUAGACCGAUCUGACUCUAAAGACGAGGAAAUUGCGCUACUUCGCAGCAGGAUAGCAGCAAUGAAGGCUUCGAAGCAGCGUGUGCCACGGUCAAAUGCUGACCACGUUUUGGCUACCGUUCAUUGCGGCUCGUCUGUGCCUGCACCGAGUACGUCACGUUCGGCACGAAAGCGCCACAUUUUCCUUACAAGUUCUCAGUCAGAUAAUGUCAAGCCCGUCGAAGAAGUAUGUUGGUAUCACCGCCAAUACGGUGGAAGAGCUAGACGUUGUCGGGCUCCCUGCAUUAGGCACGACCCAGGGAAAACGAAUAGCCCGCAUACUAGCACUACAAACGUAUCAUUCAAUAACCAAGCAAACCGACUGUUUUACGUUAAGGAUCGACGUUCUUCCAUCACGUUCCUCAUCGACACAGGAGCGGAAGUCAGCGUCAUCCCAGCGACCGCUAGCGACAAGCACUCGAAGCCUACGUACAAUUUGCGUGCGGCCAACGGUUCUCCGAUAGCUUCAUUCGGUCAGCGCAUGAUGAACCUAGACCUCAAUCUUCGCCGAGAUUUUCAGUGGGUCUUCAUGGUUGCGUCUGUACCCUUCGCAAUUAUCGGUAUCGACUUCCUCCGACAUUUUGGGUUGCUUGUUGAUGCUGGUCGCCACAGGCUUUUAGACGACCGUACGAAACUAGGUGUUGAUGGUGUCCUUUCAGAUGCCCCGAUAAUCAGCCCUGUAUUUCGGAUCGCAGACGCACCGUCCGACUACUUGAGCCUCCUCUCCGAAUACCCGCGACUGGUUCGACCGGCUGCAGAGCUUCCACCAGUCACGACAGAGGUCGCUCACCACAUAGUUACGCGCGGUCAACCAGUUAGCGCACGACCAAGACGGCUUGCUCCAGACAAACUACGGGCAGCACGAGCCGAAUUUGACCACAUGCUUCAACUUGGUAUCGUCAGACCGUCCAACAGCCCAUGGGCGUCGCCUCUGCACAUGGUCCCGAAGAAGGUUGUGGGGGACUGGCGUCCUUGCGGCGACUAUCGAUCCUUGAAUACGGUAACCACGCCUGAUCGCUAUCCGAUCCCACACAUAGUGGAUCUCACCGCCAGUCUGGCGGGUAAAAGUAUCUUCAGCAAAAUCGACUUGGUACGCGCAUACAACCAAAUUCCGGUAGCCGAGGCGGACAUCGCUAAAACUGCCGUGACGACUCCAUUUGGUUUGUUCGAGUUUCUGCGUAUGCCAUUUGGUCUAAAGAACGCCGCGCAAACUUUUCAGCGUUUCAUCGACCAAGUUUGUCGCGGCUUAGACUUCGCUUACGCGUAUCUUGACGACAUUUUAAUCGCAAGCUCUUCACGAGAAGAGCACAUACGCCACGUACGAACACUUUUUGAUCGUUUAUCUCAACACGGGGUGACGAUCAACGCAGAAAAGUGUUCGUUUGGUGUCGAUUCAGUUAAUUUCCUGGGCCAUCGUAUCUCUUCUGCAGGCGUCGUGCCACUGCAAGAUAAAAUUCAAGCCAUUAUCGACUACCCCGAGCCUCAUUCUUUCAAACAGCUCAGGCGUUUUGAUGGCCUGGUCAACUUUUACCGUCGAUUUAUACCCAACUGCGCCUCUCUGAUGCAACCCCUCACGGACCUUCUCCGAGGGAAACUCAAGACGUUCGAAUUUCCUACCGCAGCACGCGCUGCUUUUAAGUCGCUGAAAGAGGCUAUCGCCAACAUAGCUUCCAUAGCGCAUCACGAUCCGACCGCCCCACUGUCCCUUAGUACUGACGCCUCGGACGUCGCGGUCGGCGCUGUUUUGCAGCAACGCGUAGCCGACACGUGGCAGCCCUUAGCGUUUUUCUCCAAACGCCUACAACCUACCGAAUCUCGCUACAGCACGUUCGGUAGAGAACUACUUGCCGUAUAUCUAGCGAUACGUCACUUUCGACACGUCCUAGAAGGCCGCUCCUUUGUCGUCUUCACCGACCACAAACCCCUAACUUACGUGCUCGGCUCGACUACCGACCGAUACUCUCCUAGAGAGUCGCGCCACCUUGACUAUAUCGCUCAGUUUACGACCGAUAUACGGCAUGUCUCAGGUGUGCACAACGCCGUCGCCGAUGCACUUUCCCGCAUUCAAGCUAUCUCCGCUGACGCCGGCACUGCUAUCGACUUGGCAGCCAUGGCCACAGCGCAACUCAACGACCCUGAGGUUGAUCUACUACGCAGGUCUCCCUCAUUGGACAUACGACCCGUUCCGCUGACAUCAUCAGACGGCACUAUACUGUGCGAUUUAUCUCUGGGCACGCCGCGCCCAGUCGUCCCACGUGAGUUUCGGCAGACCGUGUUCGACGCGUUGCACGGCUUGUCUCAUCCAGGCGUUCGUGCAUCGGUUAAACUCGUAACCGCACGAUUCGUUUGGCGCAAUGUUAAUCGGGACGUCCGUACCUGGGCAGCUGCUUGCCUUCCGUGUCAACGCGCGAAGGUGCACAAGCACACGAGAAGCCCAUUAGGCACUUUUCCGACGCCAGACGCACGCUUUCAUCACGUGCACGUCGACCUCGUAGGUCCUCUGCCGCCUUCCAAAGGCUCGGUAUAUCUACUGACCUGCAUCGAUCGAUUUACUAGAUGGCCUGAGGCCGUACGUAUCCCAAAUUGCUCCUCGAAAAACGGUAGGGAAAGCUUUCCUAGAGCGCUGCUUAGCUCAAUACGGCUGUCCCGCCAUCGUGACCACCGAUCAAGGGUCACAUUUCUCGUCAACGUUUGCCACGUU